UCUCUCUCUCUCUCUCAUUUUCAAUGGCUGGAGAUUUGUUAUACUACGCCAAAACGCAGCGUAUCGUCCUCCUCAUAGAUCUCCAACCCCUUCUUCUCACACCCACUUCGGAUCAAUACCUAGCCGUCGUGAUCUCCGCCGCCGAGAAGCUUCUCUCCUUCCCACCACUCUCAGCUUCUCUCUUCUCUUUCAAGUUCUUCAUCUCGUCUCUAUCCUCUCUCUUAUCUUCCUCGAAGCUCUCCGCACUCACGAUUCCAUCUUCCAACCUCUCAUUCGACCUCCCCGGCCCUACUCUCGUCUCCCUCAGACGCGCCAUCGAAGCCGUCAAGCGAUGCCGAUGCGAGCUUCGAUCGAGUUCCUCCACAGCCGCGUCGCCUCGUGGAGUCAACGUCGCGGCGUCUUUGCGACAGAUCGUUUACGAUUACGCUUGGGAGCCGGUGGUGCGAGAUCCGGAGAUAGGUAUGAUUCCUGGGUUCGCCGAUGGUGGAGGAGUCGAUGUCGUUAGGUCGAAUUUAGUAUUGAUGUUUUCCCCAAUUUCUAGGGAUUUGAAUUGGGUUUCUGAGUUUUUAGAUGUUAAGAGUGGUGACGAGUGUUUGUUUAAGUCCAAGUUAGUGGAGGUUUUUGAGUGUGUGAAUGACUUGUUUGAUGAUAGAGAUAUUCACUUAAGCUGGGUUGAUGUUAGAUGUGGAGAUAGCUUUAGUGAAUUGGGACUAUUAAAGUCUGAGUUUUUUGAUAGUGGAGUUAGAGAUUUGGGUUGGGGACAUUGCUCUACUGAUUCAGUUGUGUAUGGUUCUUCAAUCGUUCCCUUUGGAUUGAUAUAUCCAACCAUUGGUAUUUCUCUUAAGCUAUCUACUAGUCGGAAGUUUACUGCUCAGGCUAGUCUUGAGAUUGCUGAUGUUGAUGGUAAGCCUAUAGAGUGCAAGUGCGGUGAGCUAGAGUUUUCUUCGUCUGAGAUAUUUAGUGGGAAGAGGUGUGAUGAGUUCGUCAACUUGGGAACUGCUCCUGAGAAAUCUCUAACUGAACUAUUAUGUAAUGGAAUCACCAAACUCAGUAUUAAAUCCCUGAGGAUGGUUGAUGAUCUUAUUGAACUCGAGAGGUAUAUUUGUGAUACUUUUGUUGUUCACGAAUUCUCUCAGGAAUCUGACCAAUAUCCGGAACUGGAGAGUGGAUUUUGGGCUGAUCGGUUGUUUCAGAUACUAGAGAAGGAGACGGGUGAGAAAGUAGUUAAAAGAUCAUCUCCGGUUUGGCAGAUUUUAUUAAGUUAUCUCUAUAGGGAAGGUUACUCAGCUUUGGUAUCUCUAACAAAUAGCAAUGGUAGUUCUCGCACAGGAAUCCUCAAGCCAUUCACUUUCUCCUCGGCUUUAAUCUGUGUUUUUGACAAUGAAGUCUCUCCUCAAACUGUGGAUCAUGAAGAUAUCAGUAAGGUCAGUUCUCGCGAAAAUAAAAGAAAACUAAGCAAAAAGAUUCUGAACUCACUUCAUGACAUUAGCUGGGAGGAUUUCUGCAGAUCAGUGAAAGUUUAUGGUCAAAUAGAUCUAGAGGAUAUAUAUUUUUCCAAGUUUAGCAACUCCAAAAAAUAUAAGUUUCUGAAAUGUUGGAUGAAACAGAUUAGGAAGCCGAGAGGUUGCAGCUUAUCCGUUGCACAGGAGGAUGUGGAAGCAGUUCCAAUUGUGAAAAAGCACAACUCAUCUGAAGAGACAGAAAAUACUAUCUCCUUACCUAUAUCCGAGGAGGAGAUUGCUUUGAGUGGAAAUCGUAUAUCCGUAAGGCAGGAGACUGACACAUCUGUUGUAGCAUCAGAGUCAUCAGAAGUUUUCUUUGCUAGUCUUCCUAGUAAAAUCAAGAAAGGCAUUGAGUCUGAGGAAAUAGACUUGGCAGCUCUGGCAGAGCGGCUUGUCAAGUCCUGUCUCCUCCAUUCCUCUGAAAUACUUGAGAAGGAUUAUAGCUGUGAGAGUGGAACUCUCUUGUUGGUCACAGAGGAGCUAACCAAGAGGUUACUGAAAGAACCGAAAGAUUUAGUUGCCAAGUUUAAAAGGAAACAUUCAUCAUCCACGGAAAGUGAGCAGAAGUCUGAUGAAGCUUCACCCAGUAGCAUCAUUAGAGAAUACGAGCUGCAGAUUCUUUUCCGAAUGGAGAUUCUAAGAUCAGAGAUAGGUUUGGGAAGUGACGAGUCUGUGAUUCAGAAGUUUGCAAAACAGAUUUGCAUGCUUCUUGAGGCCAUUCAGUGCAAGUUAGACGGUGGAUUUUUUAGUGAUUGGAGCCUUGAUAAGUAUGUUGACAAAAUCAUAAAAGCCAGGUAUCAGCAUAUUCUUGGAGAAGCUGUCAGCAUAAUUUAUACAGAGAUGGAUCUGCUUAUGUUCAGUGAUGAGGAUCUUGAAGAUAGUUUCAUGAACAAUGAAGACAGUAGCCAAUCAGGGAGAGAAAACAUCCAUAGCAAUGGCAAGAGUCAUCAUCGUAGUCAAAGAGGUAAAGAUGUUCCGGGUAAGAGUAAGAAGAAAGAGACCAGGGAGUGCAGAGAAGCUAAGAAAGUGAUUGAAGCACAAGAAAUGAGGGAAAGGGCAAGAAGAUUCUCAAGUUUCACAAGUUGGAUGCCUGAUCUUUGUAGAGUUUGGGCACCGAAACAAGUUAAGAACUCUAAAGAUAAAGUGGAUCAGCAAAAGAGAAUGGCUAAAAGGAAGAAAGAGCAAAGAUCAGUGGAAUAUGACAGAGUAUGCGAGACACCAGUGACCGCAGAUAACAAACGAACACGAACUGAUGACAAAGAUGAAUACGAGUGUGGGACUCUGCCUCGUAGUUCAGUACCAAAGGCUUUGUUUCAGGAUGAUUCUUAGGUAAAUCCUUUUUGUAUACCUUAAACACUCGAGACUGGAAAUAAGGACUACACGGAAGUCCACUUACAAUGAAAUGAAGCUUGAAGCAAAAGUGGAAAUGGGAAUGAGCAGAGUUUUUAUUUGUUUACAUUUUUGCAGCAAACAGGGAGUAAGUACUCUAAACCCUAUAUGUAUAUGGAAUCUCUUUGUAUUUAAUAUUACGAAGUCCUGCCAAUACUAGAGAUUUGUUAGGAGAAGUUUGGAUAAUUUGUGUUCGAAUUAAUUGAAUUAAAUGGCCAAGACCAGAAGUUUGAAUAUCC